UGCAAAUAAAGAGUUGGGCGGGGCUAGACCGCAGCCGCGCAGGUGGGGGGGGGGGUCUGGCGCGGCGGGGAGCGGUGCGGACGAGUUGCGGCUGGCACCAUGCUCACACUGCCGCCCGGGCUGAGCGAGGAGGAGGAGGCCCUGCAGAGGAAGUUUGCCAAGCUCAAGAAGAAGAAGAAGGCACUGAUGGCUCUGAAGAAGCAGCAGAACUCAACCAGCCAGGCCAGCCAAGGCGGCAUCAAGCGCUCCAUCUCAGACCAGCCGGCAGUGGACACAGCCACGGCCACUGAGCAGGCCAAGAUGUUGGUGAAGACGGGAGCCAUCAGCGCUAUCAAGGCCGAGAACAAGAACUCGGGCUUCAAGCGCUCCCGCACACUGGAGGGCAAACUCAAGGACCCAGAGAAGGGCCCAGCCCCGACGUUCCAGCCUUUCCAGCGCAGCAUCUCGGCUGAUGACGACUCACAAGAGUCCCGGCGCCCCCAAAGGAAGUCGCUCUAUGACAGCUUUGUGAGCUCGAGCGAGCGGCUGCGGGAAAGCGAGGAGGACGGGCCCCGCGGGGGUGACAAGGACCCUGAGCGUGGCGAGGGGCCCCGCAGCGCCUAUGACUGGGACCGUGGCCGGGACCGGGACCGUGAUCGAGACCGGGAUCGGGACCGCAGCCGCGACCGCAGCCGAGACCGGGACCGUGAUCGUGACCGUGACCGUGACAGCAGCUUCCGCCGCUCAGACUCGUUCCCAGACCGGCGGGCUCCACGCAAGGGGAACACAGUUUACGUCUAUGGGGCCGACAUGACGCAGGCACUGCUGCGCUCUGCCUUCACCCCCUUUGGCACCAUCAUCGACAUCUCUAUGGACAACCCCCGCAACUGCGCCUUCGUUACCUAUGAGAAGAUGGAGUCGGCUGAUCAAGCCAUCGCUGAGCUGAAUGGAGCAGUGGUGGAGGACGUGCAGCUCAAAGUGAGCAUUGCCCGCAAGCAGCCCAUGCUGGACGCUGCCACCGGCAAGUCGGUCUGGGGGUCGCUGGCCGUCAAGAACAGUGCCAAGGGCUCCCACCGUGACAAGCGCACCCAAGUUGUCUACAACGAGGACCUAUUCUGACUCCCCCCCCCCCCACUUGCUGGGGUCUUGUUUGUAUCUCCAUUUGCUAAUUAGAGUCAUUAAAGGAACCUUCCUGUG